UUGUGUUUUCAGGACGCAGCUUUUCGAAAUGGGAGAAAGAAAAUAUAACCUGUCUUUCUUCGGCCGCUCGUGAAGUUGUUUUCAUUCGCGUCAUGGCGGAAGCGGAGUUCGGACGCGAUCUCGAUCGCGGAGAUAUCUUCUCCCGUAUAGAACGUACCUUUCCGGUACCAGUCAAGACCGAAGAUGUGUGCACAGAAGAGGAAGCCGAGGAGAUACUGAAGGAGAUACGAGCCCUGAAUCUGGUAUCGAUGGCCAACGAUGUGAUUUUUCACAACAUAGAACGGCACAUUCGUUGGCACGUAGCGCCGUUGUUCUGGAAGAGAUUCGAGAACACGGAGGACAGUCAACGGGGCUUCGAGUGCUUCAAGUCUGCCGUGGACGAGCUGUACGGCAGUCUCGUCGAGUUUCUACCGCUUCUGAAAAAGUUGGAGUAUUUGAAGCAGGACAAGAGCGUCAGAGAUCCACCGGCCAUCGGUGACAGCGUUCAGGCACAGUUCAAACUGAUCGUGAGGGCGACGUUGAUGAGCCAGCUACCUCUGUCUCACGAGUGCAUCGUCGAGCACUUCUACAAGAUCGCCUUCAAUGUGUUCUGCAACACCGAUAACUUGCCCCAAGACAAAGAAGGAACGUCGCUCAACGAGGUGCAGUGCACAGGAUGCAGCCAGGAGGUGGAGAAAUGCCAAUGCCAGAUGAUAGUCUACAUGUUCCAUGAGACGAACAGAAAGCUGAUCGAGCUGGAGCUGCUGGAGAGGCUCGUGGGGAACGUCCUCACGUCGUUAAUUCACAUUCGCAUCGAGAAUCACGUGAUUCAGUCGUGCGACAAGACGUUUGAUGUGUCUCAACUGAUCCCGCUAGAAAACUGGCUCGAGACCGUCGUCAUGAGCUGGCUGAUACGCAUCUACUCCGGCGGCUUUUCAAAAACGGUGGCGCUCAGCGACGAGGUCCGCCACGCCAUAAACACGUUCAAGCGAAAACUGUCUCACUUCCUGUACGAGACGUACAUCAAGAUCAGGGUCGAUCAUCUCUUCAGCAUAAUAAUAGAGUAUCCGGAGUCGCAAGCCGCGGUGGAAGACCUCCGGAUUUGCCUGGAGCGGACCGAUCUGCGUAGAUUUCUCGUCAGCACGCUGCAGGAGGCGAUCAAGACGCGGCUUCUGCAUCCCGGUGUCAACACGCCCGACAUAGUGACCGCUUACAUCGCCGCCAUCAAGGCGCUCAAACACCUGGACUCGACCGGAGUUCUCCUGGAGACCGUGACGGAGCCCGUCAAGACUUAUUUGAAGAGUCGAGAGGACACCGUACGCUCUGUGGUCAACAGCUUACUUGACGACUCGCCCAGCGAAUUGGCCGACGAAUUGGCGAAGGGUGAGUGCCUGCAGCUGGACGAUGGUUCGGCGGACGACGAGACCGAGGAUUGGGAGAAGUGGAUGCCCGACCCGGUGGACGCCGACCCCGGUAAAUCGAGCCAGCGUAAGGACGUCGACAUAAUCUCGUCGUUGGUAAACGUUUACGGCAGCCAGGACCUGUUCGUAAACGAGUACCGCACUUUGCUCGCGGACAGACUGCUGUCACAGCUGAAUUACCACACUGAGCGCGAGAUCCGUCACUUGGAGCUGCUGAAGAGGCGCUUCGGCGAGAACCAGCUGCACUACUGCGAGGUCAUGCUCAAGGACGUGUACGACUCCAAGAGGAUAGACGGCAACAUUCACUCGGACACCAGCUACAACUUGCAGCGUGAACACUUCCCCACGUCGGCACUCAUACUCUCCGCGCAGUUCUGGCCGCCCUUCAAGGAGGACUGGAAGCUGGAGCUGCCGAGUGUCGUGCAGGAUCAGCUGAAUAGAUACGUGAAAGCGUUCGAGGCGCUCAAGGGCAACCGAACGCUCUGCUGGAAGCCGCACUUGGGCAACGUUAACCUGGAAAUCGAGCUGAAAGGCAGGAAGCUCGAUAUUAACGUUACGCCUGUCCAUGCGACUAUUAUCCUCCACUACCAAGACAAGAGCGAAUGGACCCUGGAGGAUCUGGCGGAAGUCAUGCACGCUCCACCGACUGUGCUACGGCGCAAGAUGGCGUUCUGGGUGUCGCAGGGUUUGCUGAAGGAGACGACGAGCGACGUGUACGUACUGCAGGAGGAGAACACGUAUAUGAGCCGCUUGCCGGCGGACAUCGUCGACGAGGAGGAGACCGAGAGCGCGAUGGCCUCGGCCAGUGACCAGCGGGAGGAAGAGCUUCAGGUGUUCUGGUCGUACAUUGUCGGGAUGCUAACGAAUCUCGACUCCAUGCCGCUCGAAAGAAUCCACCAGAUGCUGAAAAUGUUCGCGUCAGGGCAGGGCCCGGGCACCGUGGAGUGCGGCUUGCCCGAGUUGAAGCACUUCCUCGACAGGAAGGUGCGGGAGCAUCAGUUACUCUUCACCGGCGGUCUCUAUCGGCUACCGAGGUCGAUUAUGUGAAGAGAUUCGCGAGGAUGCUCCGAGAAAGUCGAUCGAAUCUUCUCCGACCGCUUCCAUAGUCCGUGUACGAGAUAUUCGGUAGCAAGUUUGCGGCAAAACGCGUGGGAAAACGCAAGCGACAGAGAAAAAUGGACCAAUCACUUGACUUUCAUGUUUAUGGCAAUUCAUGUGUGUAUGAGAAAAACUUUAAUCUUACGCGACCUAACGCGGAAAGUAAUUUCAGUGAAUGAGUGCAUUCAGUGCUACACCCUCUCACUGAGCUUUCGCAUAUUCCUUUAGUUUUGCACACAAUGCAGUACAGUAGUUUUGAAAGUAUAUAAUCAGAUUCAAGAGCUCAGUAGUUUUGAAAGUAUAUAAUCAGAUUCAAGAGCUCAGUAGUUUUGUAGUAACUGAAUGCGUUUCGCAAUUUAAGUGAAGUGAUGUGUAGCAAAGUGAUUGGCCACAAUUGAUUGGCUAUGAAGCUGACGAAGCCAUCCAGCGAGACAUUUCGUCUUUUGUACAUAGAGCGAUACUUGGCUCCUUAUCUAUAAUAAAGUCGAUACAAGAAGUCGA